GCUGCCGCGGUGCUGGCCGAGCCCGCGGCGCCGGCGGUGGCAGAGCGGGAUAAGCGUGCCCGGCUGGCCGCGGCGCCGAGGCAAAGGUCGGGGCUGGCGAGGAGACGUGCCGAAACGCGCGUGUUGGACGUGGGGCUAACGCCAUAGCACGUGUCUACACUGGGGAGAGGAAAUUGGGUUCCCAACCAAACUCAACGGCAUUCAUGCAAACUUAAGUAGUGCAUCUCUAAGAAAAAUAUGGAUUUGGGAUCACAUUCCACUUUAAAUGAACACCUGCAAAGGACGGGAAUUCCAUCUGGAUCUCAAGACAAAGUUUCAGUUCUUGAUUCUGGACCAGAAAUGACUGAACCUCAGUUAGCUGUGGAUCCUGUAGCAACAUCAAACUUGUCUGCUAAAGCACCUGAAUUUUAUCCAUCAGGUUACAACCAGAACUUCAAUCAGAAUUUUACAGAUUCUUCCUUUGAAGAUAGAUGUGAUGGCUAUCUGACUCUGGCAGAAUAUGUACAAGACUUCCUAAAUCACCUCACGGAACAGCCAGGUUGUUUUGAAACGGAAAUAGAACAGUUUGCUGAAACACUGAAUGGCUGGGUUAUUGCAGAUGAAGCUUUACAAGAGCUUGUUGAACUCAUCUAUCAGCAGGCCACAUCUGUCCCAAACUUUUCAUACAUGGGAGCCCGGUUGUGUAACUAUCUGUCUCACCACCUAACCAUUAGUCCACAAAGUGGGAACUUCCGACAGUUGCUGCUUCAAAGGUGUCGAACAGAGUAUGAAAACAGAGAUGAAGCUACUAAAGGGGAUGAGACUACUAGAAAACAAUUUCAUGCCUUUGUGCUGUUCUUAGCUGAACUUUAUCUUAACUUAGAGAUUAAGGGAACAAAGGGACAGGUUACACGGGCAGAAAUUCUUCAAGAAGGCCUUCGGGAAUUACUGAAUGCGCUCUUCUCUAAUCCUGUGGACAGUAAUUUGAUAUGUGCAGUGAAACUGCUGAAGUUGACAGGUUCUGUCUUAGAAGAUGCCUGGAAAGAAAAAGGAAAGAAUGAUAUGGAGGAAAUGAUUCAAAGAAUUGAAAAUGUUGUGUUGGAUGCAAACUGUAGCAGAGAUGUGAAACACAUGCUUCUGAAACUAGUAGAACUGCGAUCUAGUAACUGGGGUAGAGUUCAUGGAACAACUCCACAUGCAGAAGCUACCCCUGAAAAUGACCCAAACUAUUUUAUGAAUGAACCAACAUUUUACACUUCUGAUGGCGUUCCUUUCACUGCAGCAGACCCAGAUUAUCAAGAAAAAUACCAAGAGCUGCUUGAAAGAGAGGAUUUGUUUCCAUAUUAUGAAGAAAAUGGAGCAGAUCUGUCAGGACCUGGAGAGCUGUAUUUUGAUGAGAUUGAUGAUGAGAUGGAUCCAGAAAUUGAAGAAGCAUAUGAAAAAUUCUGUCUAGAAUCAGAACAUAACAGAAAACAGUGAGAUGUUAUGUUUUAAUGUUAGUUUAUUUAA